AUGUCAAGUAGUGCGAAAAGGUCGGGUGUUUGGAAAUACUUUGUGGAGGUUGAUAAAAACAAAUCUAAGUGUAAUUUGUGUGGAGUUCAACUAUCACGUGGAGGUAUGGGAAAAACUGCGACUACUUCGUCCAUGAAAAGACAUUUGCAGACUAAACAUAAGUCGGAGUAUGAAGAGGUUUUUGGUACUACAAGUAUUGCUUCAAGUAGCAAAGAAUUUGUCUCUCAGUCCAGUCAAUCACAAGUGAGUGGUUUUUUGAAGCAGCCGUCUUUAGAAGAUAUGUUAGAAAAGAAAAAGUUGUGGGAUAUUAAUGAUUCUAGAGCAAAGAGGUGCCAUUAUUUAAUCGGUGAAAUGAUCGCAGUGGAUAACGAGCCAUUUUCUAUCGUGGAAAGUCAUGUAGGGUUUCGCCGGUUUGUCAAUAAUAUUUUACCGCAGUACGAGAUACCAAGCCGAAUAUAUUUUAGCGAAAAUGUAAUUCCAGAUAUAUAUAACAAAGUGGUGAACAAUAUCAAGUCAAGAUUGGCACCGGUCAACCACAUCUCUUUUACUACAGACAUGUGGACAUGUCAAACUAACAAAACUUGUUUCCUCAGUUGUACUGCCCAUUGGUUAGAAGAAAGUUAUAUGCUUGGUCAUGCAGUGCUAGAUAUAAAGGUUUUCCCAGAGAGUCAUACGGCAGAAAACAUAAAGAAAAGCUUACUCGAUUCGGUUUCCGAUUGGAACAUACCAGCUACGAAAGUACGUGCCGUUGUACAUGACAAUGCAGCAAAUAUAACAAAAGGUGUGAAAGACGCAAACUUCCCUUCUUUUCGUUGUUUUAUUCACACUCUGCAAUUAGUAAUUAAUGACGCUAUAGACGCUAAUACUUCUGUUAAAGAAACAAUUUCUGCUGCUCGACGAAUCGUGACACAUUUCAAUCACAGUGGUUAUAACAAACUUCACGAGAUUCAAGAGGAACUUGGCCUUCCAAAAAAGAAACUACAUCAAGAUGUUAUUACCAGAUGGAACUCAACUUAUUAUUUACUGGAACGUAUUAUUGAACAGAGACGAGCUAUUUCUGUCUACUUCGCAGAAUCUCGAAAUUUGAAUUUUGAAAACUUGUCAAGCGAUCAAUGGGAAAUAGUGUUGCAGUUAAUCAUAUUAUUGAAACCUUUUGAAGAAGUGACGAAAAUAACUAGUAGCACGUAUUCUCCUAUUUCCGAUGUAAUUCCGCAUGCUGUCACAUUGAUGAGAUAUUUACGAAAAGAAGAACUGUCGGAGAAAACGUAUCAAGUUGAUGAUUUUAGAAAUGCCCUCGUAAGCAAUAUGAACAAAGUCACGCGUUUCAAUCUUGAAUAUUUGUUUGAAAACAGAACUUAUCUCCUUUCGACCUUUUUUAGACCCACGCUACAAAAUCAACUUUUAUAA